CCCGACUUGAGUCUCCGUAAUAAAAGGUGAAGUAGCUCCCUCAGAAACCCUAGCUUCUUCUCUCCCACCGCACUCUCUGAGUCUCUGGUGUUAGGGUUUCCGAAGCCACGAGCACGAGAGGGCAAUGGCUCCUAAACAGCCUAGUACUGGUCUUUUUGUUGGAUUGAACAAGGGUCACGUUGUGACCAAGAAGGAAUUGCCCCCACGCCCCUCAGAUCGCAAGGGGAAAACAAGCAAGAGGGUGCACUUCGUAAGGAAUCUCAUACGUGAGGUGGCUGGCUUUGCUCCCUAUGAAAAGCGUAUAACUGAGUUACUCAAGGUUGGCAAAGAUAAAAGAGCACUGAAAGUUGCAAAGAGAAAGCUUGGUACACAUAAACGUGCAAAGAAGAAGCGUGAGGAGAUGUCCAACGUUCUCCGGAAGAUGAGGUCUGGUGGUGCCGGUGACAAGAAGAAAUAAGUCUUAUUUACUUCAUUCUAGUUUUCACUAGAUGAAUCAAUGUUUUGAUGGACAAGCUGUCUUAAUUUUGUCUUGGUUCAGUUAGUUUAGUUUCAGUUUUUAUUCUUAGAUGUUUUAUUUAAUUGGUGACAUUUUUCAUGGAAAAAAGUACGAUCGGCUUAUUUCCUAUUUGGCCAGAAAUGUGAGUUAAUCUUUUUUCAAGCGAACAUUGCAUUUGGACCAUGUUCUUGUUUUUAUUUAU